UGAAAACAAAAAUAAUGACAACACGAUCAAAAGAAAAAGUCGUUGCGGCGUUGAAGAAGCUUUUUCGAACUUCAGAGAAGAUUAGCAAUCAAGAAGAUGCUAGUAGUUCUACAAAUUCACCUUCAAGAAGAAUUCUCAGUCGACAUCGUUCUGAUGCAGUAACCCCAUCUGAAAAUGCUAUUGAUAAUCCUGGAUCAAGUCAUACCAAAUUAUGUUCUUGCAAGAAAAAAAAACAUGGAAAUUGCUCUCGAAUUCCAGUUAGUAUUUCUGAACGUGGAGUUCGUCUUCGUCGACUGAUGAAGGAAUUUAGUGAAAUUCAAAAAUCUCAACAUCGACGAGAUGCAACAUUUACUGCUGAACUUGUCAAUGAUAAUCUUUUUGAGUGGUAUAUUAGACUGCAUAAAAUAGAUCCUGAAAGUGAACUUGCAGCUGAUAUGAUAGAGCUUAAUAUACCUCAUAUUUUAUUGCACAUUAUCUUUCCUGAAACAUUCCCAUUUGCACCUCCUUUCAUGAGAGUGAUUUCUCCAAGAAUAGAAAAGGGUUUCGUAAUGGAAGGUGGAGCAAUAUGUAUGGAAUUACUUACUCCUGGAGGAUGGGCCAGUGCUUAUACCAUUGAGGCAGUUAUUACUCAAUUUGCUGCGAGUGUUGUGAAAGGACAGGGUCGAAUUGCAAAAAAAUUAAAGACACACAAAGAAUUUAAUCGUCGUUCAGCAGAAGAAUCUUUUCGAAAUCUUGUUAAAGCUCAUGAAAAAUAUGGUUGGGUAACUCCACCUUUAGCUGAAGGUUGAAAAAAUAAUAAAUCUUUUACUUGUGCCAGACCUAAAAUUGAUCCAAACUUAUAUAUUUAUCGAUUAUUUUGGUUAUUAAAUGAAAAAGUGAUAUCAAUGCAUCUAAAUACGAAUAAUCAAGAAAUUGAAAAUCUGAACAUUAAUAUCUUGAUUAUUGUAUUUUUGUUAAAAAAUAUAUUUCUUUAUAAUCAUAAUAUUAUGAAUUAUACAGUAUUUAUAAGAAAAAAAUCUAUAAGUCAUAAUCGUAAAAUACAGAUUUUAAUAUCUUUAAAAUUAAAAAGGGAAAUAUUUUAAAAAUAUCAUGAACUUGUAAACAGUUCGUGAUGCUUUCAAUCCCUUUUCUAUGUUAUUAGUCGUUAUUACAUUAUCGGGAUUUUACACCAGGUAAGCAUUGUUAAAUGAAAUUUAAAUUACUGAGUAAAAUGAAUAAAUAAACUUAUAUAAAUAAAAACUCUUAAAAGCUCAACUUCAAUACAAAAAUUUUCUUAUAACUCUUCUACAACAUCCACUAUCUUUCAAUAAUAAAUAAUAAAUAUUUACUAGUCCAUGUGUUAAAUAUUGUUUGUUAAUAUAUUGUAA